CACACACAAAACCUCAAGGACAUGUUACAUGCUUGCAAGAUAGCGUGCCGUGUGCCAGGCUGACCUGCACCUAUCUACCCGCCGUGCCUGGCUCCAGCAGGUCCAGUCUGCGUGGCUCUCUUACCGCCUGUGCCUAGCUGCCCGCCCCGCGCCAUGGCUGACGCCCAGGAAGUGAUGAUGGUGGUGGCACGCCUGCUGCUGUGGCUGGUGGCCACCGUGUACUUCUUCCUAGAGUCCCUGGUGCUGUGCCUGGUGCCUCGCAGCUACCGCAGGAAGGACAUCAAGGGCAACAUUGUCCUGGUGACGGGCGGCGGCUCUGGCAUCGGCCGCCUUAUGUGCCUCAAGCUGGCGGCGAAGGGCGCCGUGGUGGUGACCUGGGACGUGUCCGAGGCAGGUAAUGGUGAGACGGUGCAGCAGGUGCAGGCCGCCGGGGGCCAGUGUCACGCCUACACCGUGGACCUGUGUGACCGCCAGGCCGUGUACGCCGCCGCCACCAGGCUCAAGCAGGAGGUGGGCAAUGUGGACAUCCUGGUGAACAACGCGGGCGUGGUGACGGGCAAGAGUCUCAUGAAUUCCCCCGAUGACAGCAUCCAGAGGACCUUCGACGUGAACGUCUUGGCUCACUUCUGGACCACGAAGGCCUUCAUGGGACACAUGCUGGCACGGAACAAGGGCCACAUCGUCAACAUCGCCUCCAUGGCCGGCAAGAUAGUGUGCACCGGCCUGGUGGACUACUGCUCGUCAAAACACGCGGCUGUCGGCUUCCACGAGGCGCUGCAGACGGAGCUGAAGAUGAUGGGCAAGUACGGGGUGAAGACAACCUGCGUGUGUCCUGGUAUUAUUUCCACCGGGAUGUUCCAAGGCGCUGGCUCAAAAUUCUUCCCAACGCUUAAGCCAGACUGGGUUGCCGAGGAGGUGGUGGACGCAAUACUCAUGAACACCUCCACGCUGUACUUGCCAAACUACAUGUGGCUCAUGCCGCUGCAGAUCAUGCUGUUCCCUCAAAAAUCCAUGGACAUGCUGGGAAAUAUUCUGGAGAUGCAAGACUUUAUGAAGAACUUUGUGGGCAGAAGCAAGACUAACUGACCUGCCUCACCUGGCCUGCCUCACCUGGCCUGCCUCACCUGGCCUGCUUCACUUGACCUAACCUUUCCUUUUACUUUGCUUAAUUUUACUUAAUCUAACCAAACCAAAUCCAACCUGACCUUACGUUACUCUGACUUCAUCCAACUUCAUCUAACCUCACCUUAUCUAACCUAACCUAACCUAACCUUACCUUACCUUACCUGUAUCUCGUUUUCUUUGGUUCCCGUUUUCUCUGUCAUUGUAGCUGUGGUAAUGAAAGCUGCAAUGAUGUCACUGUGAUUGGAGUCGAACGUGUAAUAGAAGCGAUUGUUGUUGUUGU